AUGCAGUGUUACACUGCUCGUGUCGGCUGCGAGUGUUACACGGCUCUGUCACAGCGUGUUACACUGCUCGUGUCACUGCUCAGUGUUACACUUGCUCGGGUGAAGGUAGCUGAUGCAGAGGGUCAGGUGGUCCGUAUAGGAGAGGCAGGAGAGCUGUGCGUCAGGGGUUACUGUAACUUUCAAGGUUACUGGGGAGACCCGGAGAAGACUCAAGAAACUAUGGGUGGUGACAGGUGGUUGAAAACUGGUGAUCUGGCCAUCCUGCAGCCAGAUGGAUACGGUAAGAUUAUUGGCCGUAUCAAGGACAUGAUUAUCCGCGGCGGUGAGAAUAUCUACCCAGCAGAAGUGGAGAACUUCCUCUUAGGACACCCAAGCAUUAUUGAAGCUCAGGUGUUUGGUGUUCCGGAUGACAGAAUGGGUGAAGAAGUGGCUGUUUGGAUCCGAAAAGCUGAUGAUGAUGAACUUAACGCCACUACUCUCAAGCAGUGGUGUAAAGGAAAGAUGGCACAUUACAAGGUGCCUCGCUAUAUCGUGUUCAAGAAAGAAUUCCCCAAAACUGUGACUGGCAAGAUCCAGAAGUUCGUCAUGAGAGACAUCACUGUAAAGGAACUAAACUUGAACUAAAUAUCUUAAUUGAAAUAAAAUGAACCUUAUGCCGUAAUUAAUACAUCAUUUGUUG